AUGGUAUCAAGUCUAGCAUCGCAGGUCGUAGAGGUCUCGACUAUUGAAUUUCUGAACUCGACAAUAGUGCCAUCGCUGCAAGCAUGGUGUGGCACAGCCUUGACAUGGAUAUUCCUCAGCAUCGUCCUGCCGUUAUUCAUACUCGCGCUCGGGGCUUACAUCAUUUUCACUGUUGACGCAUGGAGAUCUAGAGAGGGAAUUCGAAAGACUUCACAGGCACCUCCUGUACCGGUUCAGUGCCGAUUCACAAAACUCCCCUUUCUGGGGAAGAUGGAAGCUGUCUUGACCUGGAAUUGGAUUUCGGGAUGA